CCCAGGGAACCAUCGCUGAGGAUCUUGGACUUUAGAGGCCAAAUUGUAGUUAUUCUCCUACCUCUUAAAGGCUUCCUGACCUCAAUCCAAUCGCCAUGACAUCCCCCCUGUGCUGGGCAGCCGCGACUAGCACCGUGACUAGUCAGGAGCAAGUUUCAUCGCCCUCUUCCAAAGUCAAGGGCAGUAAGACUCAGGGCCACCCGCGAGGCAAGAUUUUGGGCCGGGCACAGGCCUGGCCUGUACACCGUAUCAAGUCGGGAACUUCCUACCAUUUGUUGAAAACUUCUGUACAGACACAGGUGCUUGAGUUACAAAGGAAAAUCCAACUGUUAGAGGGUGACCGGAAGGCCUUUUUUGAGAGCUCCCAGUGGAACAUGAAGAAGAACCAAGACACCAUCAACCAGCUUCAGGAAGAGAUCAAGGCUCUGCACAUGCAGCUGAAAGACCUGCUGCAGGGAGAUUCGAAAAUGGUCCACGAGCUCAUUCAGGAGUGGAAGUCAGAGAAGCCGUACCUGAAGAACAGGACCUGUGAGCAGGCCCUGGAAUACCUGGAGCACCAGUUCAGGGAGAAGGUGAACCAACUGAAUGCCCUCAGACACCAGGUAGCGCUGCGGCAGAAGCGGCUGGAGGAGCUGAGGCUGCAGCACAGCCUGCGUCAGCUGGAGAUGGCAGAGGCGCAAGACAAUAACACAGAGGCUGCCAAGACCAUGCGCAACCUGGAGAACCGGCUGGAGAAGGCCCGGAUGAAGGCCGAGGAGGCAGAGCACAUCACCAGUGUGUACCUGCAGCUCAAGUCUUACCUACAGGAGGAGAGUCUCAGCUUGGAGAACCGGCUGGACUCCAUGGAGGCUGAGGUGGUGAAGACCAAGCACGAGGUGGAAGAGCUGAAAGUGGUGAAUGAGGAGGCUCUAAAUGCCCGGGACAUCGCCAAGAACCAGCUGCAGUAUCUGGAGGAGACUGCGAUCCGAGACCGCAAGAAGCGCGAGCACUACAUUACCGACUGUAAGAAGAAAACCGAAGAGAAGAAACUUCAGACAGAGCGCAUGGAGCGCAAGACCCACCGAGAGCACGUACUGCUGCAGUCAGAAGAUACAAUCCAGGACUACCAGCGCCACAAGGAAGAGGAGCUGAGGCAGCGCUGGAACAUGUACCAGAUGGAAGUGAUGUUUGGCAAGGUCAAGGAUGCCACUGGAGUGGCUGAGUCGCAUGCGGUGGUUCGAAGGUUUCUGGCCCAGGACGAGACAUUCACGCAGUUGGAGAAUCUCAAGAAGGACAACGAGGAGAUGUUGUUGAAGUUGAAGGAAGAGAAGAAGCGGCUCCAGAGGGAGCUAGAGAACCUCAAGUACUCAGGGGAUGCCACGCUAGUGAGCCAGAGGAAGCUCCAAGAUAAGAUUCGGGAGACGCUCACUAAGGAGGAGCAGCGGCACAGCGACGUCCAGGAGCGACUGGAACGCACCUUGCGAGCCCUCCUGUUGGCCAAAGAGUGCCUGGAGCACCUGGCCGACAAACUGACCCACGUGGAACUGGAUAGUAGCGUUUUGGCAGGAAAGAAGUUAGACCCUGACACAGAGGAAUACGUGUCCAAUCUGCUGCUCGUUGUCCAGGAAAAGCUGCUCAAACUGCAGGGGCAACUGGAGAGCUAUGAAGUGCCCGAGAUGGUACGACACAUAACAGAACGAGAGUUCCUGGCCACCUUAGAAGGAAAACUGCCAGCUUACAACACCCGAAUCCUUCUGCCUGUUGCCAGUGUCAAGGACAAGUUCUUUGACGAGGAGGAGAGUGAGGAGGAGGACCGUGACGUGGUGACCCGCGCUGCGUUCAAGAUCCGUUCCCAGAAGUUAAUUGAAGCCCGCAGCAAGAAGCGCAGUAGAUCGCGCAGGUCCUAGACUCAGUCAAGUCCCAUUGGAUGCCUCCGGGUCCAGGGAGCCCCCUGGACCCUCUGGGUCCACCUACGGGUGUGUACUGGGGGGAGCCCCGGGGGCUCCCUCAAGGGCUGGAGGAGGCUCACGCAGGGAGCUCCGCAGGCCAGCAGCGCUCGGAGGAGAGGAAAGGCCGAGCCAGCCAGAAGUUCCCACAGUAAAUCUCUCGAGGCGUUUAGCGCUCGCCUUACAAUCGCGCAAUAAAGGUCACUGACCAACCCCCCUGGGUAUUCACCUCCUUUUGAC